ACUGUCAACGAUAAUGUGAAUCAGAUCUUGUUUUCACUCGCGUCCGUAUGAGGGAGAUGGAUUAUUUAGAAACUUAAACUUUUCUGUGUGUAGUUUAGGGGUGUUAAAUAACAAUCUACACACUUUAAUCUUAAAAAUGGUGCUUUGUUAUCAAGUCAUAUGUGUUAUAAAUAAUCAUAACCGGUGUAGAAACCUGUAAAAUGGCCACUGUAGCAGAGGAUGGAAUUGAACUGGCGGAGCCAUCGAUAAGCCAGCAGAAUGGGGAGAAAAAGAAAGCGGUUUUCGGACCUGGAUAUGAGGCAGAAGGUAAAGAUGGAGAAGCUGUUGCCGGAACAUCGGGAGCUGAGCCCCCAUCGGAGGCUGCCGGUACGAGCAGUUCCAAACCUUCCAUUGGAAUUAGCCGACAUAAAUCAGAAAGAGAGAGAAAAAUCGGACACAGGCGUGUUGGUGUUGGUGGAGAAAUUACAUACAAAAAGAUACAAACAACCCAGAUCAUGGGGUCUAUCCAACUUGGAAUUCAGCACGCAGUUGGUGGUUUGGCAUCUAAACCAGAACGAGACUUACUAAUGCAGGAUUUUAUGACUGUAGAAACUACAAAUUUUCCUUCGGAGGGAUCGAAUCACACCCCUGCCCAUCAUUAUUCUGAAUUCAGAUUUCGUACAUACGCACCAAUAGCAUUUAGAUAUUUUCGAGACUUAUUUGGCAUUCAACCAGAUGAUUUUUUGAUAUCAAUGUGCAGUGCCCCUCUGCGGGAGUUGUCCAAUCCAGGAGCAAGUGGGAGUAUCUUCUAUCUCACUGAAGAUGAUGAAUUCAUAAUUAAAACUGUGCAACAUAAAGAAGGCGAAUUCCUUCAGAAAUUACUUCCGGGCUACUACAUGAACUUAAAUCAGAAUCCUCGGACCCUAUUACCAAAAUUUUUUGGUCUUUAUUGUUAUCAAUGUAAUUCUAAAAAUGUCAGACUAGUAGUUAUGAACAAUCUGCUCCCGUCAUCUAUUAAACUUCAUCAAAAGUAUGACUUAAAAGGCUCAACGUACAAAAGAAAAGCAUCUAAAAGUGAACGACAGAAGAGUUCACCAACAUUUAAGGAUUUAGAUUUUAUGGAACAUCACCCUGAGGGGAUAGGACUUGAAGCAGAUACAUAUGCAGCCCUUGUUAAGACAAUUCAGAGGGAUUGUAGAGUGCUGGAAAGUUUUAAAAUAAUGGAUUAUAGUUUGUUGGUUGGCAUACAUAACUUGGAUCAAGCAGCAAAGGAGAAGGCGGAGAGAAAAGAGGAGGAAAGGAAGGAGCAAGAAGGGGCUGCACAUGGAAGCAAAGCUUCAGCUCAUGAGAAGGGAUCUAGCGGUGAUGGCCCAGGCAGCCCUGCAGCUGCAUUUAUCGAAAAAGAGAGGGAGGCUGCAUCAGCAACAAUUUUACAUCGGACACGUUCUAUUAACAGGCAAAGGCUCGUUGCUCACUCCACAGCAAUGGAAAGUAUUCAGGCAGAAAGUGAGCCAAUAGAUGAGGAAGAUGAUGUCCCACCAGGUGGGAUUCCUGCCAGAAAUGCUCGUGGUGAACGUCUCCUACUAUUUAUUGGCAUCAUUGAUAUUCUGCAGAGUUAUCGAUUAAAGAAGAAGUUAGAACAUACUUGGAAAGCUAUGAUACAUGAUGGGGACACCGUUUCAGUGCAUAGGCCAGCCUUUUAUGCAGAAAGGUUUCAAGGCUUUAUGGCGAAGACAGUGUUCAAGAAAAUACCAUCCCUGGAUUUGCCGGAAAUUAAAGGCAAUCAUCGCAAGUUUCGUACGUUGGUUACCAGCUACAUAGCACUGAAACAUUCUCCUUCUAAACGCAAGAGUAUCUCUCGACCAUUACGUUCUCAGGAUGAACACGGAGAAUCCAGUGGAAGCCCACCUGGAACAGUCGCUCCUACAUCCACAAGUGCUGUAGCCGUAAGCUCCCCUCCCUCAUCCACUCCGCCCUCAUAUCCCGCAGUGCUGAAGGAUCGGCCACCGAGCUUCGGGAAGAGCGGCCAGCCCCCUGCUGUAGCCAUUAGCACCGUCACAUCUAGCACUAGUGGCAGUGGCAGCGGUAGCGGUGUGGCAGGAGCCCGGGUGCCACCCCCCGUCCCCCCUCGGGGGUCCCCGUUCGGCAAGCGAGGUAUGAGUCACGCCCCACUGCCCUGUUCUUCCACUCCUCCCCCAGCCUUUGAGGAUGCCCUGCGUGGAGAAUUGGUGGAUUCUGGUACUGCUGUUACUCGCCAUCGCUUGGGGCCACAGCAUGUAGUUCGUUUACAUAGAGAUUCAGAAACUGCCAGCAGCAUUUCCGAAGUGCGGCUCGAAUGUCGAGUAGAGACAAAAUCAUCAUCAUUGAGUGUAGAGUCAACAUCAUCGACGUCAGGCUUUGGCUCUGGUGCUACAGGAAGAAAUCUGACAUGGACCCCACCUGCAUCAGUUGAAGGAAGCACACCAACAUGGACUGAAGGGACACCAUCUUUCACAGAAUCUUCAAGCAGUGGAGAUAUAGGUUGCGCAGCAACAUCGGUUAGAAACCUCACUCCUCGCAGCAACGAAGGACCUAAAUCAGCCUCCCUUGAAGAUUCUCUUGAUUGUCUCAGCUCAGAAAUGCCAGAUGACUUUUUUCUCUCUGCUAGUGACCCAUUUUAAAGGUAAAGUAGGACAGGAUAAAAAGUGUGUUCUGAUUUGUAUCAGAUAAUUUGCAGCUUUAGACUUUCUUGCCUUCUUGUGACAUAUUGUUCCCAGAGAACUGACUUAAUGAUAUUUUUAAAUGUGAAUCAGAAUAAGUGCUGUUGGUGAAAUAUAUAACACAGAACAUUGUAAUGAUUUUUUUUUUAAUUAUGGGUGGAUACUUUUUUACCAGUACUGGCUUAGUCAAAUAUUGUGAACUUUAUAAUGCAGGAACUAAAUGGACCUGUACUUGUUUUCCAAAGCUACUUUUAGUCAGUUUGUUGGUUUAGUCAGUAUUAAUUAAUAUCCAGGCAAACAAUGUGAAUUUUCUAUUUUUUAGAUUUUGUGUGUGUGUGUGUGUGUGUGUGUGUGUGUGUGUGUGCGUGCGUGCGUGCGUGCGUGUAUGUAUGUAUGUGUGUAUUUUGUGUCACAUAUUUUACAAUUGUUAAGAAGACUUUGAUCAGUCCAGAAGCAUGUAUCAGUAUAUGUAGUUUUGGUGUGCUGUAACUCAAGUGAAGCUGUAAUUUAUUAAAAUAUGGGAGUGUGUUAUAAGUGUUUUUUUAUGCUCUGUGCAGUAGAAUUAUGUCUGUGUUUGUUGGAGCUGGGUGCUCAUUUGUCAGAGCUACCAGAAAGUAUGCCAGUCUGUAUAGAUCUGUUAUUGUUCUUAUUGUUGUUAUUGUUACAUUGUAGAUUGUGUUAGUAUUUAGUAUGAAACAUAAAUUUGAAGAAUAACAUCAGAGUAAAUUUUAUAUUGCAAUAGAUUUAAUAGAGGGAAAUUGCUAAGUGAAGCAUGUUGACCGGCCCAUUGUGAGUAUUGGUAAAUUGACAUUUUUAAAAAUGUUAGAAAUAUAUCGCAAUGCACUGAGUGUGGAAAUUUUCUGCCAACAAACAGUAUCCAAAAUGCCAACUAAAGGUAAUUUGUUGUGUAAUUUGUUUGAAAUUACGUUGUAUACGUGUCAGUAGUGGCCUGCUAUUAAUCCCGACAUGGUACAGGCACAAUCUUCCUUAGUUGUGCACUGUUAUGAUAAUUGUUGUUUAUUUCAACUCUCUUGAGAUCAUGUUGCAUUUACUCACUGCCAUUUUAAAUUCACACACUUCUUAUCAUUGUGCCACAACAAGGAAGUUCGUAAAUUUUUAUGUUAUUGUGAUUCCUCAAAACAGCUCACUACAAUUCAUAUUUUGUCUCAUUUUAUGGCCCGAAUGCUGCUGACAUUAGCAUCAUGCUUCCCAGAUUUGUCAUAGGAAGGCUUACUUUUUCAAAACAGCAACUAUGACUUAUAUUCUCAAUAGUAAAAUUUGUCUUUAUAAUGAUGUACUCUGAACCCAUGUUGUCCUCGUUUUGUAGUAUAAUUUCCAUACACUUCACGUGUUAUUGCUGUGUCAAUGUGGAUUUAUUCUAGACUGUGCUUCAUCCAAAUUAAAACUUAACAUUUGAGUUAUUGAUAACCUCCCCUAGAUGAGCACAUUUUUCCGAAGUCAACUUGUAUUUAAAAAAUUGACUUUGUUUUUAAUGGCACACUACUCUAAUGACAGAGUUAUUGUAUAUUAAACUUCUAUCUUUCUCUAAGGGUGAUUUUUUGUAAAUAAAAUAUUAUUUUCCACCAAUUUAUGUGUUGUAUUUGACUUGGGCCAAGUUGCUCAUGAUUAAAAGAUAUUUGUAGCAUGGAUUGAAACAGCUGUGAUGUGAGGUAGAAAUUCAAUAACUGUUGGUUUUCUAUGUUUAUUGGUUUCUCAACUCUCCUUUAUAUCUACUAUAUGUUUCACUUACCUCCUUCUUUCCAAUUUGUGAAAGAAUAUUUGUGGGCAUAAUCAUCUUAUGUAUAUUCAUGUUGAAAGCAUGGUGAAUGAAGAUAGUAGAAUAUUAUCUAGGUAAAAUUGUACCUUUAGCUUCAAAGUUCUCUCUUUUUCUGUUUGUCAGUUACUGUUGAGAGGCUACCCAAUGGCUGAGUUAUUUAGUAGCACAGCACUUGAUUUUAAAUGAUGUGUAAAUUUUCAUUUUACUUUAAAUAUGACCUGUAAGCAUCCUGUAUACGAAUGGAGGUAUCAGAUGGUUACUGCUAGUGCUGCUGCUGCUGCUGCUGCUACUGUUGUUGUUGUCAUCAUUGUUAUUUUCAUUGUUGUUGUUGUUGUUGUUGUUAGUAGUAGUAGUAUAGUUGUUGCUGUUACUGCACAGUUUGCAUGCAGAAUUGAGCUGUGCUGUGUAGUUGCAAGUUUCUUCAGAUAUGAAUCACUGUCUGUAACAAGUAUUUCACUCUUCCCAGAUGACUUUACAUAUGGUAGAACUUUUAAACUGUGUCACGAAAAAUUUGUCAUAUUACUUCCUGAGUAAAUUUUUAUUUGUUUUUUGAAUUGUGUACUAUGUCUUGUAAAGGAAAUUACUUCAUGACGUUCAGUCUUCAACUGACUUAAAUACUACUACUGACACACGUACUCUACCUUGUUAGACUGCAGAUUAAUACUGAUUAUCUUUUUGGUUCCUUUUCACAGAAACUUGCAUUGUGUUUAUUGAUGCUUUGUUUCUUGUCCAAAAUUGCAAGUCGUCAUAACCUUCAAAUUGAGCUCACCACUACAAGUAAAUAAUGUUCAGCCUUAAUGUUGGUUUUUAUCUGCUCUAGCUCUGAGUCAUUUACUUUGUGAAAACUCAAGUGCCACAAGGCUGAUAUUCUGAUUUUGUGGAAAAUUCAUCUUGUGCUCUUAUUUGUUCUCACCUGGACAUCACUUACAGAUUUAAACUUCAUACCCUUAUACUUCCUGCUCCCAAAAUAAAAUGAUUAUCUUCAUCAUUUUUCCUACUGAGCAGUAAUAUUUCUUUGAGAGUACAUAUAUGAUACAAUAAAUGAAUUAAACUUUUUUUUAUUAUAUAGUCACACAUUGUAGUGGUUUUGGCAGUCAUUAUUUAAGCCAGUCUUGUUGUUUCAUUUGCAAAAUUGAAGAACAGUUUUGUUUGUAAUCUUAUGUAGCUUACUUUUAUUAGCUGAUUAACAGAACAGAAAAUUAAAAUCCUAGAAGAUGAACUAUAGUCCAAAGGCCUAAAGAGAGAUUGCCUCUUAUAACUCACUGCUGACCGUAUACAAAUAAAAUAAAAAUAAAAAUAACACCUUAAGCAAAAGUGGAAAUACUGUCACAUACAACUGAGUUUUAGAAGUAAUCCAUACAGUGAUACUACUUUCGUGUUUGCUUUGCUCAUACAUACAACAACAACAACAACAACAACACACACACACACACACACACACACACACACACACACACACGGGAUAGCAGUCACUUCUCAGCAUGACAGGCAGUAACUAUGACUGAUUGUUAAACAAAUUGGGAACAAGUAAAUUACUGAAGCUUUUAAAUCAGUCGCUGUUGCUACUUUCACUUCUGUGCAGAGGAGUGCAAAGUUUGUCUGGUGGCAUUUCUUUCAUUCCUGCAAAAUUUAAGAGAAAUGGAUUUAAAACUUUAAUAUUACCAAAAUGCACAAAUUAUUUGUAACAAUGAGAAGGUUGUAUAUAAGGCAGUGCAUGUGUUAGGAAACUGAUAUAAGGUGAGUUUCACUAAGAAAAAGUAAAUGCAUUGAUGUAAAUACAUUUGCACUGUUGUUCUGCCCUAAACUAUAUAAAUAGAGAAUAAAGAAUCCAGGAACCAGGUACAUUGCUAAAAAGUGAGUGUUAAUGUGGUCAGUCAUAUGCUUCAUCCAACUUUUAAGAGCAUUGAAAAGAUUGUUAUCUUUGGAUACCUUAUACAAGUUGUGAGGUACUUCAUAGUUUCACAGUGCUGUUGUAGUCAAUUGUAAAAUGAAAGUUGUUAUGUAGAAAUUCCCACUUUCCAAUAAACUUGUUUGUCUUGCCACAAGGGAAAUAGAGAUUUGAAACCCACUGGAACGAAAUGAAUGUAUGUAUGUAUGUAUGUAAACUAAAUACAAUGUAAAUUCCAUGUAACUAUUAAUAUCAUAGCUAAAAGCUUCGAAUAAACCUUUCUAGUAACAACGUCAUUUUAAUAAAAUCAGAGUAUACUCAUAUGGUAUAAGUGAUCAUUACUGAAAACAGCCAUUCACAGAUACUUUGUGCAAGACAAAAGCCAGAAUUUUUCACACAAACUGAUAUCUUUACUUUCUCCUUUUUAUAAGACCCCGCCCCCUACCCCUAAGUUCUAAAAUAAAGGAAGGUGUAAAGGCCACAAAAGCAAUAUCUGAUGGUAGAGCAUAAAUACUGAAUAAUUUGCUUUUAAUCUGAUUUUGUGGGACCAUUAUGCGACACGUGUGUCAAAAUGGCAUGAAAUUAGUGUUACACCAGCUUCAGUGCAGGUGGGGUUAAUGUAAAUGCCUUUUAUAUGUUAAUGUUAUAACUAUAAUGUUUAACUGCAGUAAUUUUAACACUGAGAAUUGUUGGUAAAUACUGAUAAUAGCCCUUCACAAUGUAUAUGAGAUACAUUUCUCUAUUAUUUGUGUCUCACAAGCUUGACAAUUUCACAUUUUUAGAAUGAUAAAUUUUAUAUUUGCACAGUAAUUGGUUUUCAUAGUUGUUAUGUGCUGUCUUCCAUUCAAUCAGACAUUAUUCACAUAAGCAGGAAACUCCUCUUGAAAUCUCAAAACUUUUUUGUGCUUUUUCCUCACAGUGUCAUUGAUGAAACUAAAUUUUGAUAGUAGGCAGCAGUGGGCAUUUUUGAAACUUGAGUGUACUCGAGUAAGAUUUCGACUGUAACUAUAGUUCUUGUUAUCAUGCUUGUUGAUAGGUGUGUGUUAUUCUGCUGGUUUAUCUUCAUGAUCAAAAUUAUACACAAAAUUGAAGGUUUUCAAUGUGGUUAUUAUAGUUGUAAAGAAAACCUAUCUGCCUAAUACAUUCAGAUACUGUAAUCUUGAAAACUGAUGAUCUAAGAUUGUAAUGAUUCAAUAUACUAACUGUGAAAGAGAUUAUAUAGGCUAAGAAUUUUCUGAUAUUAUUUCUCUGAAAGGGUAAUUAUAUAAAAGCCAAUUGUAGCCAUUUGCAAACAUGUUGAACAUGUACCUGUUUCUUUUGUGAAUUUUCUUUCUGUGUUAUACCUACUUAUAUUUUCUAUGAUCAAUAAGUAAUUGAAUAAAAAUAAUAACUGUUGCAUAUUGUAAAAGCUGUAUGCCAUCAGUGUCAUGUUAACCCUUU